AUGUCUUCAAAUUUCAUCCUCAUUUUCAUCAUCAUCUCUUGUCUUCUCCUAUCUUCAACACCAUCCAUUGCUUAUCCAGUUAAAAUCAAUGUUCUAAACAAUGCCACCGAUCCAGCCGGGCGCCGUCGUUUCGAUAAAGAACUAGGGAAAGAAUACACUGUCAAGAUCCUCACUGAAGAAAUCAUUCCAUUCAUAUGGAAAACCUUUAACCAGCCAACCGAUGCAUCGAGAAAAUACGUUCCUAAUGUCGGCUUUAUUGUGAAGACGUUAACGGAUGGGGCCAUGGCGGAGAUAGGGGAAGACAAUAUCUACUACAAUGAUAUCGCCAUAAGAGACCUCCCAGCUGGUCAAGAACAAGCCAAAUUCUUCUUCAAAUCUGUUGUCUACCAUGAAGCCACUCAUAUUUACCAGUUUAAUGGAAAAGGGACGGCGCCGGGUGGCCUAACUGAGGGAAUAGCUGAUUAUGUUAUGGUGAAGUCGAAAGUUUACAAUCCGGAAGGUUACACUAAACCGGGCGAGGGAUCGAAGUGGGAUGAGGGUUAUGGCGUAACCACGAGGUUUUUGGAGUAUUGUGAUAGCUUGAAACCAGGGUUUACUCCAACUUUGAAUAAUAAGAUGAAGGAUGUGUUCAAAGAAGAUUAUUUUCAAGAAUUGAUAGGGAAGCCUUUGGCUCAGUUGUGGAGGGAAUACAAAGCUAAGUAUAGAAAAAUUAUAUUAGAUGGGAGUUUUUGGGAAUGGUUAGUGCGUCAAGAACAGAACGAGGGAGAGAGGGAGGGAGAGGGAGAGAAGCCGGUUUCUCCGAUAGGGUUCCAGCGAGUGAUUCCGGUGAGUGAGAAGCUUUUUCGAGUGCCGAUACCGGUGGGUGUCGAGGUUCAGAGUGACGAGCCGAUCUCCAACGUUAAGGCAUGA